UAAAUUUUCUAGUCAAAAUUCAAAUGUCGACUAGUCAAAGUCAAAGUCAAUUAAGGACUAAAAUGAAAUUAAAUAUUUUAUUGGGGUUUAUUUUAUAAUUAGUCAUAUGUGAGGGUUAAAUUGGCUACAAUUUAAAGUUGAGAAUUUACUUAUAUAUAUUUGGAAGUUUAGAACUUAAAAGCUAUAUUCUAUUAAAGAAUAGGGACCUUCCUUAGCAAUUUUGAACAAAUGGCAUUUAUAUUCAAACUUUGACCAUACUUUUCCACAAAAAUCACACACUAACACACACUAAAGUGUGUUGAACGGGAGGAAACGCAGAGAAGAGAAGAAAGGGAAGAAAAGAAAAAGAAAGGAAGAAAAAGAAAAAAAAAAAAAUCUUGUGCCAACUACUUCAAUCUUGUUUAUUUAAUUCUUCAAGAGGAGGCUGUUGACUGAGCGGUGGUGGAGAUUAUUUUGAUAGUUUUGCAGACAUUGCUACCACCAAUUGUAGGUUCUUUUGUUUGAAAUUGUGUAAUCAUCAAGUAAAAUAUUUACAUCAUGUUGGAGGAAAAUUAUUUUGGUAUUUAUAUACACCAAUGAUCAUGAUGUAAUAUUGUAAUCUAAACUGCUUCCUAUUAUCCUUUUGAGAGGCAGUUUUGAUGUAUAUGUUAUGGAUGUUUUUGGUUAAACGAGCAAAUGAUAGUAUUAUGUUGGUGUUUUAUUUUAAUUGGUCAAAUGAAGCUUUAUUAUUAAAGUUUAGCUACUUUUGCCUUGGUGAUGGGUCCAGUGCCUAGCUGGCACUUAUCAUCGGCUCACGUCACGUCUUAAGUCUUAGGACGGGAUGUGUCAAGUUGUGUAUUCACACAUGAUACAUACAGAUACACAUAUAUAAAUGUAUAAAUGUUAACAUAUUUUGCUGGGCACUCUCCCUCUCUCUCUCUCUCUCGAACUCUUAAGAGAAAAAUGGCGGAGAUAUCAUCAGGUGCAAAUGGUAACCAAGGAAUGGCAGUGAAUAUAAAGCUGGAGGAAGAUUUAAACCACCAAACUCUAACCGAAUCAGGAACCAGUAGCCAUGGAAAUUCUCCGGGCUGCGGCCUUCUUACUCUACCUUUUAUACAAAAGAUAAUUGCGGAGAUACUGGGGACAUAUUUUUUGAUAUUUGCGGGUUGUGCCGCCGUUGUGGUGAACGCCGAUAAGGACAAGGUGGUGACACAGCCGGGAAUUUCAAUAGUGUGGGGUCUGGUGGUGAUGGUUAUGGUUUACUCAGUUGGACAUAUUUCUGGUGCACAUUUUAAUCCUGCUGUAACUAUUGCUUUUGCUACCUGCAAGAGAUUCCCAUGGAAACAGGUUCCGGCCUACAUCUUAGCUCAAGUCAUUGGAUCAACGCUUGCAAGCGGAACCCUACGAUUACUGUUCACCGGCAAGCACGAUUACUUUUCUGGCACACUUCCUGCUGGCUCCGACAUGCAGUCUCUGGUCGUGGAAUUUAUAAUUACUUUCUACCUAAUGUUCGUCAUUUCCGGCGUCGCCACGGAUAACAGAGCUAUUGGAGAACUUGCUGGUCUUGCCGUUGGAUCUACCGUUCUGCUAAAUGUGAUGUUUGCAGGGCCGAUAUCUGGGGCAUCAAUGAAUCCAGCAAGGAGUUUAGGCCCAGCAAUAGUGUCAAAGCAGUACGAGGGGUUAUGGAUCUACAUGGUAGGCCCAAUAACUGGGGCCGUGGCUGGGGCUUGGGUCUACAAUAUUAUCAGAUUUACAGAUAAGCCCUUGCGGGAAAUUACGAAGAGUGGUUCAUUUCUCAAAACCUCAUCGCGUAACGUCUCCAAUUGAUAAUUAAAGACUUUCUUUUUCGUUUCAUGUGUAAUUUACAAAGGAAAGAACUUGUAUUUUGAAUGGAAUAAACUUCUUACCUUGUUUUAACCAAUGAGUACAAGUUGCAUAAUACAAAUAUUCUUGAUUUUA